AUGAGAGCCGGUCAGGGGUCAGAGGUCAGCCGAUGACCGGGCCGCUGCCCCCUGGCGGCGCGGCGAGCCCCCCAAGCGGCCAUGGCGCGGUCCCAGCACGACGAGGACACCCCGCUGGUUUCCGUCACCACCGCCAUCGGCAUGGACCAGGUGCUGCCUGGGCUCUUCGUGGGCAGCUAUCGGGACUCCAAGAACUUGGCGCAGCUGUCGACCAACAACAUCUCCCACAUCGUUGCUGUCCACGUCACGGCCAAGAAAUGGUACAAGGACAAGAACUAUUUAUUAAUCUCGGCGGCCGACACACCGCAGCAGAACCUGCUGUCGUACAUACCGCGCUGCAACGACUUCAUUCACUCGGCGCGGCAGGGAGGAGGCGCGGUGUUAAUUCACUGCCUAGCCGGCAUGUCGCGCAGCGUGACGGUGGCGCUGGCCUACAUCAUCAGCGUGACGUCACUGGACUACAGGACGGCGCUGCAGGCGGUGCGUGCGGCGCGACCGAUCGCCAACCCAAACGACGGCUUCCUGAAGCAGCUGACCGCCUUCGAGGCGGACAAGCUGGAGCAGGAGCGGCGCCGACUGCGCGACAAGUACCGCGGCUAUGACCCGGAGGCGGACGAGACGCGCCUGCGGCAGCUGACGCUGCUGUUCCGCGUGUCGCUGCUCUCUGGAGAGACGUGCGAGGGUCACUGCCGUCUCGGACACCGCUGCCCACGCGGCAUCUGUAACCACUCCAAACGCACGGUGGGCAUCUUCCGCCAGCGCUGGUCGAGUCACAGCUCGCUGCCGGGCUCGCCCGAGGCGAGUCGAGCGCAUGGCUCGCUCGAGCCGCGGCAGCGGUCCAGCAGCACCCGCUCGCUGGCGGCCGGUCUCACGCCGUCCCCGCUGGUCACGCCCGCCACUACGCCACGCAGCAGCCCCGCCGUCGGCAGGAGGGUCAAGUAGGGCACGCCGAGGUGCUGGGGGGUCAAGUAGGGCACGCCGAGGUGCUGGGAGGGUCAAGGAGGGCACGCUGAGGUGCUGGGAGGGUCAAGUGGGGCACGCCGAGGUGCUGGGAGGGUUAAGUGGGGUGCGUUGAGGUGUUGGGGGUCAAGUAGGGCACGCUGAGGUGCUGGGAAGGGUCAAGUAGGGC